GAUCCGACUGGAAACACGUUCUUGUUUAUGGUUAUGGAGCAGCUACGAUCCCUGCAGCUGAUUCGUCGCUCCUGAUCCUUUGAAACCGAAACCCAGAGGAGUCCGAUGUGUGCUUGUAAAUGGACGGGGCGCCGUGUCUUCGUGUGUCUCAGUGUCACACACAACAGUUCAGGAGGUGUCUCCAGUCCAGAGGAGCUCUAGAUCUGAGUAUGCGUCUGUUGAAAGACUCAGAUGGAACCGUCCUCUUACCCAUAUCCCCGUCCUGUGUGUCACAGCUGGAUCUGCACUCUCUCAGAAGCAUGGUGGCCUCAGGCAGCAUGUGUGAACUAGUUUGGAGUCGGACGAAUAAAGAGAAGGGAAAGACGAGUGGCAGUCAACUUGAACAAAUCCUCCAGGAUCUGCUGGAGUCUCAUGUUGAAAGAUGGACAGAGGAGAUGAGGGCGGACCUCCCUCGCAGCUUCCAGAGGCACGGAGACCUCGUCCUGCUGGGGGCCGGCUGUUUCUCCCUCCCUCUGUGGAAGAAAAUGGAUGGACGGCUGUGGAGAGCAGUGGCCGAAGGUCUGGGGGCAACGCGUUUGGCAAAGAUUAGUCGAAUUUCCAGUGAUGGAUUUAGGUCUCCGGCAGUGACGAUGCUGCUGGGAGAGCACAGCUGGGUCAAACAUGUGGACAAUGGUAUCAGGUAUGAGUUCGAUGUCACCAAAUCUAUGUUUUCAGCCGGAAACAUAACGGAGAAGCUGCGCGUGGCUGGAUUCGACUGCACAGGAGAGACGGUGGUGGAUUUAUAUGCAGGUAUCGGAUACUUCACUCUUCCACUACUGGUCCACGCUGGGGCCAGCCAUGUUCACGCCUGCGAGUGGAACCCUGAUGCUGUCGAAGCUUUACAGAAAAACCUGGAGGCCAACGAGGUGUCUGACCGCUGCACAAUCCACCGAGGAGACAACCGAGAGCUCCGGCUGUGUGACAUUGCUGACCGCGUCAACCUGGGUCUCAUACCGAGCUCGGAGGACGGCUGGCCUGUCGCCUGUCGCCUGCUGAAGAGGACCACGGGUGGUAUUUUGCACAUUCACCAGAAUGUCACCUCACCGUUACCGACCACUGAAGCCAUUCCAGCAAUCGAUGAUGCCGUGCACAGGGUUUCUGGGAAGAAGGCCGACAGAGAGGCGUGGCAGGCCUGGGCUGAGGACACAGCAAACCUCAUUGCUUCUCUUCUGAGGGACAUCAGUGGUGCCUCCUGGUUGACAAACGUCCAGCACAUAGAGCAUGUGAAGUCAUACGCACCUCAUGUCCACCAUGUUGUCCUGGACCUGGAGUGCAGACCUGUGUGAGCUGAAGAACACAGAUGCAGAGAGGACACAGGGACUCUGAACUUUUGAAUGCACUGAAGUUACUUUUUUACUAGAAGAAAAAGGUUGAGGAUUCCAAGAGAACAACUCCAGCUGGUUUCUGUGAUUAUUUUACUUGUCAGUCGGGGAAAUCUGCUGCUGCAGUGUUUUUCUAAAACCUCGGGCAGGUUGAGCAUUAAUGCAGUUUUUUGGUAUCUUUUUUUUCCAAAAACCCUCGUGCAAUUUUAAUUACAUGGAAGCUGUCCAGCUUUACCCAUCCACAGCCUUAACUGCCUCAUCUGCCUUAUCUGCUGACCGGAGAACUUAACAGGAGCAUGAGUAGGUAAAGGUUUAAAGGAAAAACACUCACACACUCGUGAGAAUUGGCAACGAUGUGAAUCAUAUGAUCUGGUCUCUUCACGCAUCAGAUCUAAACCCAAUUGAACAGCUAAAGCAGAUAUUGGAAUCCAAAUAAGGGAAAAUCUUCCGGUUGAACGGCGUUCAUCCUUCCAGUAGUGAUCUAUGCCAAUGAGCACUGAGGCUCUGAAAAUGACUUGUGGUGGAUUCACAUGUUCUUUGCAGUUUUUCUUGUGUCAUCCUUCUGCAUCUGCUGUGGGGGAAUCAGGAGCUCAAUGUAGAUCCAUAUUAGACUGAUAAGGUUUGAUUUAUGAGUGUUAUCAGUCUUAUGGAAAUACAAAGUCUCCAGGAAUAUCCAGGGCUAUGUCUUUUUAUACAGUCUAUAUAGUAUGGGGGCGAGGCAAUAUGG